GCCGUGUCUGUGUUCUGUCAAAGUCAUUUUAUUCCCAAUAAUGCGUGGAUGUUUUAAUUACUAAUUUGAUUCGUGUUAAUUGUUAUCGCCGUGGGUUCCGAUUAUUAGUUAUCGUCGAAUGCAGGAGAGUGCACGUCAUUAGUAUUGCGAUAAAGUCGUGCGCCGAGGUUCGUGGCCGCCAUCUUACUCGCCGGCUGUGUUCAUUCGUGCUGCGCCCAUCUCUGCGAUACCGAGCCAGUCAGUUGGCAUUUUCGCGACUCGAGCGGAGGUGUCCCUAGUUUUUAGAUUUUAGGCUUGUAAUCUAAACACAAAAGUGCAUCAAAAUGACGACAAACAUGCAGCAAGGAACGAUUCUGGACGUUUUGAAGAAGAAAAUGCGCCAGACUAAAGAGGAAAUGGAGAAAUACAAGGAUGAGUGCGAGGAAUAUCACAAACGGUUACAAGUGGAAAUAAUGCGGAGAGAAGAAGCCGAGUCCGAGGUUGCCGCCCUCAACCGACGCAUCCAACUGCUGGAGGAGGACCUCGAGAGGUCCGAGGAGCGUCUCGCCACCGCCACCGCCAAGCUCGCCGAGGCCAGCCAGGCCGCCGACGAGUCUGAACGAAUACGCAAGGCGCUCGAGAACCGAACCAACAUGGAGGACGAUCGCGUGGCCAUCUUGGAAGCGCAGCUGUCGCAGGCGAAGCUCAUCGCCGAGGAGUCGGACAAAAAAUACGAAGAGGUGGCGCGCAAGCUCGUUAUGAUGGAGCAGGACCUCGAACGCGCCGAGGAGCGCGCCGACCAGAGCGAUAGCAAAAUCGUCGAGCUUGAGGAAGAGCUCCGUGUUGUCGGCAACAACCUGAAGUCCCUGGAAGUCUCCGAGGAGAAGGCUACGCAAAGGGAAGAGACGUUCGAGGGGCAGGUGAAACUUCUGGACGCACAACUGAGAGAGGCUGAAGCCCGCGCUGAGUUCGCUGAGCGCUCCGUGCAGAAACUCCAAAAGGAGGUCGACAGGCUCGAAGACGACCUGGUUGCCGAGCGCGAAAAGAGCAAACUCCUGCAGGAGGAGAUGGAGGCCACGCUCCACGACAUCCAGAACAUGUGAACGCGUGACCGCCGCGCGCCCGCCCGCUCAUCGAUAUCGAUUCCCGACGCUAGCGCGCUUUCCCAACCCUACAACUGUCAUUUGAAAGCGGAACGCGCCCUAGCUUUUUUUUUCAACUCGGCAUAGAUAUUAUUUUAUUUUUUUGACUUGAGAAUCGAUGCCCGCUGAGCCGGCCGGCGCCUAGAUGUUACUAGCUAUAGAGUAAUUGCCAGCCGCUUCUAUUGUAACGUCGAGUGUUCGCUACGACACCACUGCCAUGUGCAAUUUUUUUUAAUUUGAUACACAAAUUUACUAAUAUUUUUUGUUGAGAAGUGUACUCGUAAAUCCUCAUUUGUUUUAGUCAUUAUUUAUCGAGAGUGACUGAUAGCCGGUUUCGGUUGUAUGCAGCUUAGUAAGAACUUACGGCACUCCUAGUUCUAAGGGAAAAUGUUGACAUUCCAAAAUGGGGACCAAAAUGUUAAAUACAUUCAGCAUUUGUCAAACUCUAAAGUCAUUCCAGUAGCGUAGAACAAACUAGAUACCAACGUCAAUGAAAUAAGAUUUCGGCAGUAAUUCUGAUGUAUUCAGAUGUAGCAAGUCUGUCUGCAAUUCAAUGAACUCUUACUUAAUUUUAGAUAAGAGAUUAGAUGUUUUAUUUAAUGAGUGAUGGUAAGCAUAUGAUAUUUAUAAGAAUAUACUUGCUAUGAAGUAUUUUGAUAUUCUAUUUUGUUUCGAGUAUGAUUUUUCUUGUGUCAUAAUUUGAGUUUGUUGCUAUUUAUUUAAAUUAAUCGAUGAAAUGACCGCGAGUACCGCCCGCCGUUCAUACAUACAAAUACUUAUGGAAAUGUGAAAAAUAUAAAAUUACGUUCGAUAAAUCGAGGGGAAUCCGUCUUUUAAUGUUAUCGAUUAAUGAAACGGUAGAUAAGUUCGUGAGAAAUAAAUUAAUGAAUUUAAGAGUAUUCUAACACAAGUGUUUAUAAAUAUAUAUUAUCAUUAUUUUUAA